CUGGUUGUAUCCAUUUCAGGAAGACGUUUUUCCGGCAGAGGACUUUGACGAUCAGCAUUUCGACCACGACAGCGAAGCAGACGAUCGCACCGAGGUUUGUUAGCCCAAAGUGUACCUGAAAACACGGCAACGUACAUUCCCUACGCCGAAACACUUUUUUACUGCCGCGACAAGAACGAAAACAAGACACCAAUAUCGAAAUUUGAGCUAGUCAUUUUGCAACCAUGGCCAGCAAUUACGACUACAUUACGAUGCUGAACCUGCCAGAACUCUCUCCGCCCACAGCAUCUGAGAGCGAAUUUCAGAAUGAACUGGACCUGUGGCUAAACACAGACUUCAGUUUUGAUCCACUGGACUCGAGUGCGUUCUCUGGCGACUCACGGAGACCCGAAGACUUUGAGUAUGAUCAUUCUAAAGAAGCCUUCCCGGAGCGCGCUGGUGCAGGUGCCACUGCUCGUGUUGAGACACAAGCCCAACACAGUUCUCAAACGUCUGUUCAGCAACAAGCACCCACAACUUCCUUCACGCAGUCUGAGGCAAUCGCAACAAUCGUACCUCAGGUCGCGCAUGAGGCUCCAGCUAUAUCUCAGUACCAUCAGCCUGUACUGGCCCCGAUGCCAGUACACAGCAAUCCUACUUUGCCAAACACUACGUCUGGUUUUAGCGUGUUUGGUACCGAUGCUGCGUCCACGAUUGGAGCAUCGAACUUGACGUUGCAGCAAAUCAUCGCGGCGGCUGCUGCAAUGGGGGCUAAUACCACAGCCUCAGCAUCCCAAGUAUCAUCUGAGGCAGCUAUGAAUAAUACCAGUACUGCCACCUCUGUACCAGAAUCAGAUGUCGCAAAGUCAGAGGAUAGGACCGACGAGGAAUUGGACAAGCGUCGGAGAAACACUGCCGCCUCGGCCAGGUUCCGUGCCAAAAAGAAGCUGAGGGAACAGGCUCUGGAGAGGACUGCAAAGGAGAUGACGGAGAAAGCCCAGCAACUUGAGCGUCGUGUGAAGGAAUAUGAAAUGGAACUCAAGUGGCUCCGCCAGCUAGUCACAGACCGAGAGGGCAAGAAGCGCCUACGGGAUUUCUACGAAGAGAGCGGCCUUACUUUUAUUGAGGGGACGAUGGCUGCAGGCUGCGGGAUUGAGUCGCAGGGUACUACUUCGAAUGUGCCAGCUGCCAAUUUGGCUGCAGCUGCAGCUGCUUUUGCUGGAGUCAUGGCUCUUGCUGGGAAGCCACUUGCUCUCCCAUUGCCUCCAGAUAAUAAGCGUCGCAGGGCGGCCUAGAUUAGCUCGGAGCUUUCAUUGCGCCUGAGAUUGCGUUGCAGCUCCCUUCGUUUUAUAUAUUGCUCGUCAUUCGUUCAUUUCUUAUAUAGUGUAAUGGCAAUAAACACUUGUCACACACUUUACACCAGCGUGGAUUGAACAACUUGGGUUUGGCAAUAACCGGCCCAGAUAAAGCUAUCUAUUACUAGG